AUGCAAAAUUUGAAUCAAGUUGAACCAUAUGAUUUUUCGGCAGCAACUAUCGAAUUGGGUUUAAGUUCUAUACUCAAUAAUGAUACUCAUCAUCAUCAUCAUCAUCAUGAGAAACCAUCUACAUCGGUCAAUGAUGAAUCUUAUUUUGAAAAACUUCGAUCUACAGCUGAAUAUCGUCGAAAUAGGGAAGUAGAAUCAUAUGUGACAACAACGAACAUACCAAAUUUACUUGAAAAUUUUAUUGGAUCAAUUCAAUCUUGUACUACAUGGUAUUCAGACGAUAUGAAGAAUGUGAAAUCACCAGUAGCUGUCGUCUUAUGUCAACUUGAGUUACUCAAACAAAUUUCUAUUAAUAACGAAAUGAUAAAAUCAAUAGAAAACGAUAUAUAUGAACAAAGUAUACACCAACAAUUGAAUACAUGUACUUUUUCAAUGAGAACAUCACAUGGAAAUAUACAUUUUGAUUUUUCGAAACAAUCAAUUAACUAUGAUAUUUAUAUACAAUUAAUGCAACUUGUACGUUUGUCAAAUUUAGAUAAAUUUAUUGAAAAAAUAUUUCAUAAAUCAGGUUAUUUUGAUUGA